AUUUCAUUCCACUGUUGUGGCCAUACUGUGCGACGCUUUUUUGUUUACAACCGCGACGCGCGUCAAAUCUAUGUCCAUAUACCGUGGAAAUGUCAAAAAUUCGCUGACAUUUACUGGAAAAAAUCGUACGCCAUUAGUUUAUGGCAUCUUCCUUCGGUGUGAAAAUUGACAAUUUACGCAGCAGAAGUCGCGUCCUGUUGACGUGCCUCGAAGAGAACGCUAAAAUCGUCCGCAAGGAGGUUAAGAAGCUCCGCUCCCAAGACUCAUACCGUUUGCACGGUACAAGCAAACGCCGCUCGGCUUAUGGGCGACAAUCCGACAUCUGGAAGUUGCGCAACGACUCGAGUGGUGUCGGCGCUCUUCUCUGCCCCGACUACUUUCGGCCGUUGUCGAAAUACGAAUCUGUCUCAGCGACGGACAUGAGCGCCAACCGGAGGCUGCCGGUGGUUAAACCUGAAAGGAAACAGCCGAAGUCGUCCUCUCCGCGACGCUCGGUCGUCAAGGAAUGCUACUGCCAGACGGCGAUGCUCCAGACGCGGAAGGCGAAUCAAAGGUCGAUGAGGACGAGACACGCGCCGAUUUGCCUGCCGAGUUUCCGCGAAACCGACGAUGCGGUUCACGGCGAUGCCGGCUCGCCGCGGGAUCCUCCGGAACCGGCUUACUCGCCGCCGUUGAGCACGACAACGCUGAGACGAGCCCAGAAAAUCGACUACACACCGAGGUCCGAAUUUUUGCGGAGAGUUCAGAGCAAAAUCAACACCCUGCGCGAUAGUCAGCUUGGAACUCCGAGAGCACCGAGUCCGCUGCCUCGGAGGUUUAAUUUGACGAGUGGCAACAUUCCGGGGAACUCAAAAUCCUUGGAAGAAAGGCGGAACAGCGGGGUCGAGUUACCGCGAAAACACAACUGCCGUCGCGGUGUGGACAUCGAGGCUUUGCCGAAGAAGACUUCGCUGCCCAAGAAAACCAUCGCGUCCAGGAAGUUAAUGAACGAUCAGAACAAACCGGCGAAUUUCAGGAGCCGCGAACGCAGAGCGGCCUUCCGAUCGUCGUCGCCGGACGGAAGAACCCUUCGUAUGGUUUCUGGGGACGGAAAUUUUUCUCGCCCAUCCGUCGGAGACGAAAGGAAAUCUUGCCCCUGCUCGGAGUAUCGGGCAGAUAAAUUUUUGGGAGAACAAGGCGAAAACGAGGCGGUCGACUCGGAGGUUAACGAUGUUCGGAAAUUUCGCGAUAAGAAUUACUUCGACACGCACGCCUCCUGCCCAUCCUUACUCGGCUCUCGGUCCUCCGGUUCUCUCCAGCAAUUUCGCCUCAACGAGAGGCUCUUUCCCGAGCCGGUGGGGAGGGUUCAUCGCGAUGACCUUGUCGUCAGCAUCCCUCCGUGUGCCACCAGGCAAAGGAGGGGAGUCCACUAUUUUCCGAGGAGCAUAGUCAGGCAGGAGAAGAAUGCCUCGAAUACAAAUUACACUAAAAAACGACGAUGUCCCGCGGGCUGUCCUUUGAUCGGUCAUGCCGUCGACUUGGGCGCCCUCAAAGUUUCCCAUCCUUCGAACAGUUUGGCACUAAGAUUUCAAAAAGGAAUUCGUUGAACUUUGGCUCAAUAACAUGUCGAAUUUGAGAUAUCGGCAGAAUUCAGUUGCAGAAUCUGGCCGCAGAUAAUACAAAAUGUUCAUUACUUCAAACUCCAUUGAAAUUGACACGGCGUGUGUGGAUAAUUUGCAACGGUUGCGCUGCUGUAUAAACGUCUGUUACUUUGGUUUUAUCAUUUUUGCUCGGCAGUUUAAGUUCAAUCCUCGCAAAACGCACCGGUAGAAAAUCUUUGGCUUUUACUAUUCGAUACAUUCAUUUAUCACACAAAUUCACCAAAAUCUCAGGCCUCAUUUGUAUAAUGUCAUAAUUAUUCUUUAUACAUACUCGUUAAAGUAACUGGAUAUUUUAGAACGGUACGCGGUAAACGGAAAAACGAAAGUGAAUACUUUCGAACAACUCGAAUGGAAUUGGUAUAUGUUUUGUUGAACAAUUUAAGUUAUUUUAUACUUUGUUUGGUACCGUGAAUACAUUGUAUUGAAAUUUUCCCGAAGAAUUUUUUUUUUCAUGAUUUGGAUACUAUCUGAUCUCACUAGCGCUGUUAAAAUUUUAUACCAGAACAAGUCCGCGCGACGAGUAAUUAUUAUUACUGAUUUAUCAGAAAUCAAGCGCAAUAAUGGAAAGUGAUUUUUAGAAAAAUAUGUUAGCAAUUAUUUCAGAUAAAUUAACCUAUCGAAUACUUGAAACAAAAAUGUGUUGUACAACAUAUACAUAUAUUCUAAAAUUGCAACAUGCCCAGUACAUUCAUUUAGGAAAAUUUUUCUAGCCACGUGCAUACGCUUCGCGAUACUGCAGACGGUCAUUCCGUUUGUUUUCACUUUUAUAAAAUGCAUUCUUCACAAUGUGUUCGAAAUCUCACCAUACACAUUUCUAUAUAAGAGAUAUCAGAUAGCAAUAAGCUUUAACAAAUCGGUUGCA